GCCUGAUAUUGUAAAGAAGAUCAAUGACAAGCUGAAUUCUUACCUUUCAGAGCUCAACAAAAUGCCGAAAAAGCUGUCAUCUGUUGCUGAGGCCAUGACUGCUGUUAUGCAGAUCAUUGGAACAUCCAAAGAAUCACUUAAGAAAAUUCUUGUGAGGGGAGAAUUUGAUGAGUUCCCGGAUGACAAACACAUGCAUUGCAAGGCUAGGCUUGUUGAGAUGCUCAAUAAGUGCUCAGAUCAGCUUCACGAGUGCAAUGUGAGUGACCCCAAAAGUAAUUUCUUACUGGAGGAGAUUGCGAUUUUGGAGGAGGCCAAAGGUAUCAACCUUCCCAAUUUUGUUCCGCGCAAUGCUUUUCUUAUAGUUUUGCAGGGUAAAGUUAAGGGGAUUUCGAGCAUACCUAUUGGGUUUGUUGAGCAGGUUUGGAGUUAUAUUGAGGAUGUGGUUUUGUCUGUGUUAAGGAGAAAUACAGAAAACUAUUACCAUGUUCAAUUGUCUGCCAGAAGAGCAGGCCAUAAUCUUAUUGAAAAGAUGAAAGAAAGGUCGAUCAAUUGGAUGACGGAGAUAGUGGAAAUGGAGAAACUAACUGAUUAUACAUGUAAUCCGGAAUAUCUAUCCGAAUGGCAUAGGCUCAUGACUGAACAAGAAACAUUCAUCCAAAAGGUCUUGCGUGACGCUGAGAUAAACAUAAAUGUAAAGGGAAUUGGGAUGGUUGAAGUUGGAGGUCUAAGGAAGUACACACAUGUCCUGUUGUCUCAAGCUUUCGACUUGAAAAUGCGGAUGACUGCGUAUUGGAAUAUUGUGCUGAGAAGGUUGAUUGAUAUCAUGGGUUUGCAUUUGCAGCUGAGUGUUUCAAACCUUGUGAACAAGGACCUGGAGAUGGAGAUUAUGAAUGAGCUACUGGGACCUAACCAUGGUGGUGGGAUUGAGAGGAUGCUGGAGGAACCUCCAUCAAUGGCAGUGAAGCGCCAGAAGCUUAUCAAGAGCAUCAAAAAGCUCAAGGAGUCUAAAGAGGUUGUGUGUAAGAUCAUGGACGACAGGUUUACUUACGCUGAUUACCUUGUGUGAUAGAUAACUAAGGGGUCCAGUUAAAUUAUGGUAUGUUUCGUGUGAAAGAAGGCAUUUUGCCAAUGAUGUGUGGUUGAUCUGUUUGUACUUAAUUAUGGAUCUGCAUUUUGUUUAUCAUGUACCUGGUUGGUUGAUGUUCUUGUGUGACUUAAUUAUAAGCACAUUCUGUUUUUGUC